AUGAACUCGCUCAAUGCUUUUUCACCCCUGAUACGGCGGUCUGCGCCCGUGCCGUGGACAUGUCACGCAUGUCUUCGGCGCCAGGUCUCACAGCUUCGGAAUGGAUUUGCGACCAAGACAAACGCAAGCCCGAGGCCAACUGGGAAUGCGGGGAAGAACAGCAAGAGAAGGAGGAGAGUGCUGGUUGUAGGAGGAGGACUGGCGGUCGCAGGGGUUGUGGUCACAAACAACAACGACGCGAAGCAUGCGUAUACAGCCGUGCAGCGCAGCAGCAGAGUGCUCUCGACGCUUUUCGUCAACGUGAAGGAUUACCGAGACACGUUGAAGAAGCACCAUGACGAAGGAUACGAAGACACACUCAAAGCAUGCCACCUCCGCUGCGCAAAACGCACGCUCCGCACUCUCGAGAAAAAUGGCUCCAUUUUCAUAAAGCUCGGCCAGCAUCUGAGCAGUCUGAACUACCUGCUUCCAAGCGAGUGGUGCGACACGUUUAUCCCGCUGCAGGACAAGUGCCCCGUCUCGUCGUACGACUCGAUCAAGGAUAUGGUGCUGCAAGAUGAAGGCACAGAUCUCUCCGAUUUCUUCUCCGAGUUUGAGGAGCUGCCCAUCGGCGCGGCGUCGCUAGCGCAGGUGCACCGGGCGGUGGUCAGGGAAACAGGGCAGAAGGUCGCGGUCAAGGUGCAGCAUCCUGCGCUGGACGAGUGGGCGAAGCUCGAUCUCGCGCUCACGAGAUUUACCUUCGAAACCCUCAAGUACUGGUUUCCAGAGUAUGAUCUAACAUGGCUGUCAGAAGAGAUGGAUAAGUCGCUUCCACAAGAGCUGGACUUCAGACAAGAAGGCCAGAACGCCAUUCGCGCGCGAGAAUACUUCGCCCAUGUACGCGAUGCGCCCGUCAUCAUCCCCUCCGUCAUUUGGGCAAAGAGGAGGAUUCUCGUAAUGGACUACGUGAGUGGGCAUCGCCCGGAUGAUCUCGAGUACCUUGAUUCACAUGGCAUCGACAGAGACGAGGUCUCCGCAGCCCUCGCCCGCAUCUUCAACGAAAUGAUCUUCGGCACGAACGCUCCGCUUCACUGCGACCCCCACGGCGGCAAUAUCGCCAUACGACACAAUCCUUCGCCCUGCCAUGGAAGCGCAAAUUUUGACGUUAUAUUGUACGACCACGGCCUCUACCGCGACAUCCCCCUGCAUCUCCGCCGCUCCUACGCAAAACUCUGGCUCGCUGUCCUCGAUGCGGAUGAGCCGCGCAUGCGCCGGUAUGCUUACGAAGUCGCUGGCAUCGACGACAAGCACUUCCCGCUCUUUGCUUCCGCCAUUACAGGACGGGACUACAGCGUCAUUACCCAAAGGGAAGGCGUGAGUAGUAGAAGGAGUACCCAGGAAAAGGAGGUUAUCACCGAUGCGUUGGGCGAUGGAAUGCUGGAAAGUCUAAUUCAGCUCCUGGGGAAGGUGCCGCGGGUUAUUCUGCUGAUUUUGAAGACGAACGAUUUAACGCGUUCCCUUGACGAGAACCUACACACGCGACAAGGACCCGCCCGGACAUUCCUCAUCCUUGCGCGCUACGCUUCGCGCACCGUGUACGAGGAGCAGCUGGAGUCUCUAACAGGCAAGAGCUUACUCUGGCCUGCUAACCUGCUGGUGUGGCUGAGGGCGUCCGCCGCGCAUGUGAGGGUGGAGGUUAGGUUGGGCUUGUUUGAGUGGGUACUGUGGGUUAGGGGGAGGCUGGGGAUGCAGCCGAUAUCAGCUUAA